UCUGGAACAUUCGACGGCAUUCUCAAACAAUCAAAGGAAAAUCCUACGCCCCACCACCAGCACAGAACGCUCUCUGCCUCUACCGGUGCUCACAUCCAUCACCUACACGCCAUAGCCAAAAACCAACGCAGACCUCUCUCCAUUGCAGACGUUCUGAGCUUACUCCCAAGCUUCUGCUCGAGAUUUGCUUGAGAGAGAAGAAAAAAGGGGGAAAAGGGGGGCAUCGAAAGUGAGGAAGAGGAAAAGAGAAGCGAAGGAGGCGGAGAAGGAGAUGGGGGUGGACUACUACAAGAUUCUGGGCGUCGACAGGAGCGCCAAGGACGACGACCUCAAGAAGGCCUACCGCAAGCUCGCCAUGAAAUGGCACCCCGACAAGAACCCCAACAACAAGAAGGAAGCCGAGGCCAAGUUCAAGCAGAUUUCUGAAGCCUACGAUGUGCUAAGCGAUCCGCAAAAACGAGCGGUCUAUGAUCAGUACGGUGAGGAUGGCCUGAAGGGUCAAAUGCCCCCACCUGAUGCCGGUGGCCCCGGGGGCACCACCUUCUUCUCCACUGGGGACGGCCCAACAUCAUUCCGGUUUAACCCCAGAAGCGCAGACGACAUCUUCGCGGAGUUCUUUGGGUUCUCGAGCCCGUUUGGUGGAAUGGGAAGCAUGGGAAGUGGUGGAGGAAUGGGAGGCAUGAGAGGUUCGAGGUUCUCAAGUAGCAGUUUUGGCGACGAUAUCUUUAGUUCCUUCGGAGAAGGAGCAGGAAGGGGAGGUUCCGCGUACCAGUCUGCCUCGAGGAAAGCUCCUCCUAUUGAGAACAGGUUGCCUUGCAGCCUGGAGGAUCUCUACAAAGGGACCACGAAAAAGAUGAAAAUCUCUAGAGAGAUUGCGGAUGUGAGUGGGAAGACUAUGCAGGUCGAGGAGAUCUUGACAAUUGAUAUAAAACCAGGCUGGAAGAAGGGAACGAAGAUCACUUUCCCAGAGAAGGGUAAUGAGCAGCCAAACGUGACCCCAGCAGACCUUGUCUUCAUCAUUGACGAGAAGCCCCACAGUGUGUUCACGCGUGAAGGAAACGACUUAAUUGUUACGAAGACUAUCACUCUAGCAGAAGCCUUAACGGGAUACACAGUUCACCUCACGACCCUUGAUGGGAGGAGCUUGACCAUCCCCAUCAACAAUGUGAUCCAUCCCAACUACGAGGAGGUAGUCCCUAAAGAAGGCAUGCCUCUUCAGAAAGACCCGACCAAGAAAGGUAACCUGAGGAUCAAGUUCAACAUCAAGUUCCCAACGAGGUUGACUUCAGAGCAAAAGGCUGGGAUCAGGAAACUCUUCGGUGUUGGUUACUAAAAGUGAGUGUGAGUUCGAUGUGGGUCUCAUAGAAAGUGUCCGCAUGGAUUUGUAUCAUAUUACAGUAUAAGUAGUAUACGGUGGUCUGCUUAGGGUGUUUGUGGAGAAAGUGCUGUAGCUUUUCAAGUAUAGGCUGGUGUAUUGAGGGCGGGAUGUUGUAUCGGUCUCUUUUUGGUCAUCUCGAUCUAGAACUGUCCCAAAAUCGAGUCUUCAUUUGCUGUGGAGAGAUGAAAUAAACUUGGCCUGGCCUUUAGGCUGCUAUGGAUCAAGCGCUGAAUUAUUUGUUCACAUCUGCUACACUUGAGAAGAGUUGAUACCUGAUUGGUUCUUGAUCAAUGGCCAAUGCACUUAUUGUUCGAUCUC